UGCAGGCCAGCAAUGCAGCGGCAGACGACAAAUAUGCGCGAGUGCGUCGCUAUUGAAAAACGUGUGGCCGUCAGCUUGUACAAGCUGUGCUCGUGCGCGGAGGACAGAGCAGUUGCGGACAUCUUUGGCAUAGGUCGUUCCACUGUGAACGUCAUAUACAGGGAAUUUUGCGCCACAGUUGUUGCUACCCUCGAAAAGGAAUGGGUAAAAAUGCCUUCGCCGGACGAGAUGCCAGCUCACGUAAAGGAAUUUCAGGCAGCGUGUGACUUCCCGCAAGGCGUCGGGGCCCUGGACGGCUGCCACAUACCAGUAUCGCCGCCAAAGGAGCACGCCAGUGAUUAUUACAACUAUAAAGGCUGGUACAGCAUCAUAUUGCUUGCCCUGGUAGAUCAUAAGUACCUGUUCAGGUACGUAAAUGUCGGAUCACCAGGGCGCUGUCACGAUGCAUAUGUGUACCGGCAGUCUGCAUUGGCCGAUAUGGUUGAGGGACCAUUGUUCCAAGCGCCAGCAGCAAGAAUCAACGGAGUUGUUGUGCCACCAUUGAUCCUGUGCGACCAGGCAUUUCCGCUUACUGCUAACCUAAUGAAGCCCUUCAAGAGUUUCGGAGAGAACACUAGACACAGAUCAUACAAUUACAAUUUGUCAAGGUCCCGGAGGAUUGUAGAAAACGCCUUUGGGAGGCUUAAAGCUAGAUUCCGGCUUGUGCUCAAAAAAAUGGAUGCAGACAUUGGGAAUGUCCCGAUGAUCAUAAGGGCAUGUUGUGUGCUGCACAAUAUAUGUGAGCACUUUUCAGACGCUCUUCCACAGCAGUGGCUGCACGAGUCUGAGAUCGAAAGCAUGCUCUAUGUGCAACCAGACCAUUGUACAGAUGUGCAAGUUGGAAGCGGACCAGAUGUUAGAGGAGCCCUUGUAGAAUAUUAUCGCCAGCGUGAAUGUCACUGAAGUUUGUGAUGUAGUGCCAUACGCUGGUGAAUGGCCACCUAUCUACAAAGAAGCUGGACUUAAGUAGCAUGGCAGUGUUCAGUUUACUGUGCUGCUCGUCAUUGUCCACUUGUAUGCAUACAUUUCCACCUUUUUUUUUCCUUUUUCACCUUUCUGUGAAAUGCAAAACAGUUUUUAAGUUGAACUAGCUAUGUUACUCAGUGACAGCGUGCUAGCAGGAUCAUCAUGUUGCUUCACAAGUUAUCUUUAUGGCAGUAGCAACAAAAGAAUGCAUUUAAACAAAGUUGCCUGGAUGGUUGUGUGCAUGACAGUGAUGUAAAAUAUCUUUACGGCAGUAGCAACAAAAGAACGCAUUUUAAACACAAAGUUGCCUGCAUGGUUGUGUGCAUGACAGUGAUGUAAAAUAGUUGAAAUUAUUUUGCAGUCCAUUAAUAUUUUUUUUAGGCUAAGAAUAGCUGUGGUCUAUCCCACAAUAUUGGUGCUUAUGUUUGCUUUUUUUUUUUCUUCUACUGCUGAGUGACCUUCAUGCCCCCUCGUUCAUGUUUUAUGGUACAACAGAGAUUGUGAAGCAAUCAACAUAUUGCAACAAGGGGUUGCUAAAGCGCUUCAUUCAUGUCUUGGUGUGACCACUUUAUUUGCUUACAAUAAUGUCAAACGUUUUCUUACGUGCUUGAAGUGCAAAACGGUAAAACAGUUAUUACU